CUUAAAUAUAUAGAAAUUUGGGGAGCUGAUAACUUUAAACAGCAGUAUUUACUGGCAAAUUUUGAGACAUCCUUGUUCGCACUCAAAAAAUGUGCGAUUCAAGCGAAGAAAAAGUGCAUAAAUGGACCUGUGAUUACUGUACGUAUGAAAAUUUUCCAUCGUCCAUAAAAUGUACAAUGUGCAAGGGGUCCAAACCUCUUCUUAAUGAAGAUAUUUUUCGACUAAGUCCUCCACAAACUGUAUUUGAAAAUGAUGAAGAACGAGGCGCUAUGGCUGACGUUGAGGCAUCUACUAAUAAUGCGUGCUGCACACAAAACCGACCAGAUACAAACAUAACUCCUCAGUAUUCAUCAGCCGAUGCGAAAUGGGCUUGUAAGAUGUGUACCUAUUUAAAUUGGCCCCGUAGCUUAAGCUGUGUACAAUGUUAUACUAAACGUGGUGCUGUUACAGAUAUUAUAGACGUGGCUUCGACUGAUUCGCAAGAAGAGGCUUCUUCUAGUAUAAUAAACGAUAAUGAUACUCCGAGUACAUUUAAUAAAAAUAAUAAAGAAUCGUUGACUGUAAAUCGAAUUCAAGAUUGUAUGAAAAGUAUGCAAAUGAACUCAAAGGACUUAGAGUUGAAUGCCAGUAAUAUAAUGGAUUUGCAAAUGAAUUCAGAGAGUAAUAUUGAUCAAGUUGGUAUUAGACAAUAUAAUUGUAACGUUGGGGCUGCAUCAAAUCGCAGCACAAGUCCUUUUGAACAAUCUACUACUACCCAUCUCAACAACAUUGCCAAUUCAUCUCAAACUCAACAGAACUCUUCUCUUUCGCUGCAACAGCAUUGUUAUGUUAAAAAGUGGGCGUGCAAUAUAUGUACUUAUGAAAAUUGGCCUAAGAGUCUAAAAUGUUCAAUGUGUGGCAAAACGAGAGAAGUAAAUACCAAUAUUUUAGUAACAACAGAUUGUGAAUCAACACAAAUCUCGUCCAUGUGUAACAAUUUUUUAAACGAAGAAGAUAAAAAUGAAGGCACUGUGUCUACAAAUAAUUCCUUUAAUAAUAAACACGUCUAUCAACUAGGUUCUUCUGAAACCAUAAAUAACUGUGAUACAAUUCAAGAGCGUCAAGAACGGCGACAAAGACAAAUUAGGCGACAAGUUGAUUGGCAGUGGUUGAAUGCUUGCCUAGGUGUAGUAGAAAAUGAUUAUAGUGCAGUCGAAGCCUAUUUAUCUUGUGGAGGUAAUCCUGCACGUUCACUAACGAGUACUGAGAUAGCAGCGUUAAAUCGAAAUUCUGCUUUUGAUGUUGGUCAUACUCUAAUACAUUUGGCAAUACGUUUUCAUAGAGAAGAAAUGUUACCAAUGUUAUUAGCACAGAUUUCUGGCACAGGUCCAGGUAUUAAACGCGUACCUUCGUAUGUAGCUCCUGAUCUCGCAUCAGAUAUUCGAAGGCAUUUUUCGAAUAUGUUGCGUUUACGAAAAUCAGUUCUUAAUUUUUACUACGUUCAAGAACAUGCGACUUUUGCCUUACCUGUAGAUAUUGAAGAAUUACCAAUACCUAUACAAGAACAGCUUUACGAUGAAUUAUUGGAUCGUGAUGCUCAGAAACAACUAGAAAAUCCGCCACCUGCACUUAAUUGGUCGAAUGAAAUAACUGCACGUCUAGGUUCCCGAUUAUUAGUUCUAUGGAAUCGUAGUGCUGGUGAUUGUUUGCUUGACUCUGCUAUGCAAGCUACAUGGGGAGUGUUUGAUCGUGAUAAUACAUUGCGACGUGCGUUAGCGGAUAGUUUACAUCAAAGUGGAUCUGUUUUUUAUGCGCGUUGGAGAGAAUAUGAAAUGAUACAGGCUUCUAUGUUGCACUUUUCACUGGAAGAGGCUCAAUGGGAAGAAGAUUGGGCAACUUUGCUAUCACUUGCCAGCCAACCUGGAGCUUCGCUAGAACAAUUGCAUAUAUUCGCUUUAGCUCACAUCCUUCGUAGACCAAUCAUUGUAUACGGUGUAAAAUAUGUAAAAAGUUUUCGUGGUGAAGAUAUUGGUUACGCUCGAUUUGAAGGUCUCUAUCUACCAUUAUUUUGGGAAGUUAACUUUUGUAUAAAAUCCCCAAUAGCACUGGGGUACACACGUGGUCAUUUCAGUGCUCUAGUGCCAAUGGAAUCAUACGUUCGAAUUGAUACGCGAAGAGAAGAACCUGAAAAUGUAACAUAUUUACCAUUAAUGGAUUGUGAAUCCAAAUUACUACCAAUACAUUUUUUAAAGCAGUGCGAGAUGGGUCGUGAGGAAGUGAUUAUGAGACAAUGGCUUGAUGUAUGCGUGACAGAAGGUGGUCUCUUAGUAGCACAACAAAAACUACGAAAAAGACCUUUGUUAGUCGCACAGAUGCUUGAAGAAUGGCUUAAUCAUUAUCGGAGAAUAGCGCAAGUCAUAACAGCCCCAUUUGCAAGGCGACCACAACUAACAGGAUAUUCAAGUGAUGGUGAUGGUGACACUGAUGAAGAAUAAGUAAUUUUUAAGCCCUGUAUCAUAAUCCCAUACAUGAUAAUUCGAAUUCGUUAUGUUAAAGUAGUUUUCUAAUACUGUUUAAUUAUACUACAUUUACAUAAAAGAUUAAAAAUUGAUAAACGAUUAAAAAAUUAAUGUAAUUA